AGGUUUGGCUUCUCUCUCUGUCCCCUAAAGCGGAAGUGGAGGAGAGUAAAGGGAAGGAAGCGAAGUCUCCUUGUCCUCAGAGUCCCUCAGGGCUGAAGACCUUGGUGUUCCUGGCAAUUUCACCUGAGAGAGAAGAGGGCAGUGCUUUUCUGCCAUCUUGGAAGAUGUCCAGGUGCAAUGAUGCCAAACUAAGACUCAGUCUCCCAUAAGUUCAGAGAAGGAUUUCACACUGGUUAGGCCAAGUACAGAAGAAAAGGGCUGUGCAUCUUUUCAUAAGAGCCAUGCAGAGGAGCUUUGGGGAGAAGAUGCUCAGUUCUGAGGUCCAGCGCCAGCACUUCAGGCAGUUUCUCUUCCAGGAGGAGGCUUUAGAGCCCCGAAAGGUUUGCAGCCAGCUCCACAAUCUCUGCUGCCAGUGGCUGAAGCCAGAGAGACACACCAAGGCUGAGAUGAUGGACCUGGUGAUCCUGGAGCAGUUCCUGGCCGUCCUUCCCCCAGAGAUGGGGAGCUGGGUUCGAGAGUGUGGAGCGGAGACAACCUCCCAAGCAGUGGCCUUGGCAGAGGCCCUUCUCCUGAGCCAGGCAGAGGAGAAAAAGCCGAAAGAGGAGCAGGUAAACUCAUUACGUGUCCCUCCACAUUUGCUGGGAAGAUGUGGGAAAACUGCCAAUAACACUUCUCUAGGCGUCUCUAGAAUUGCGCUGGAGGAGCUACAAAGGCCUAGUGGAGCAUUCUGGGAAUCUCUAGAUGCCCUUUGACCACAGAGAUGUGCUGGAGUGUUUUUGACUUCUCUGGUUUUAUUUUGGAAAUUCUGUUUGCCAUAAAAUGGGUUUAGUCUAGUUUUUUUGUGGUCUGUAACCAGGUUGUCUGAAACCAGCACUAACUCCUCAAAAGGAAUUAUAGCCACUAAAAUAAUUUCUGUAUUGUCUUUUAAAAACUCUUUUUUUAGUAUUUUGCAUCAUUUGCUUCUUAUAUUUAUUUUCUACCUGUAUUUUGUCAAGUGCUUUGUCUCCAAAUAAUAAAUUUCCCAUGAAAGGGACAUUUGCAAGAUUAUUUCUAGAUUCUGGUUUGCUUUCCAGUGUCUAAGCCAGAAAGACCUCCUUGCAACUGUAACUGUAUGUAUGGAUCUCACUAUAAAUGCUUCAGAAUCAUGACCUGCAUCUGCUACAUUUUCAAGUACUGACCCUAUACGAUUUAAAGCUUUAUACAGUAUAUAUCUAAUUAUUUUGCAUUUUGAAUUUCCUGAAUCUAAAGCACUGCUGCCCUACAGAACAUAGAAGAAGCUAUGGAUGCAUAUAAUGCCAAGGAUGAAUUAUGAUGAGCCUUUCUGAAAGAAUCAGCCCUUAAUCUAAAUCUUUCAUGGUUGUAUCGCCUUCCCUAGGUGCUAUUGCUCCUUGAUACCAAAGUUGCAAUAGGUCCAUCGGCCAAGGGGACCUUGAGCAUUUCCAUUGUAUCUUUGUCAAAUGUAUAACGUAUAUAACCAUAACCAAUGAAUUUCUUAGACUGUAUAGAACAGGGUUAGGCAACCUU